GUAGUAGGCUAUAGAGCGGAGCUCCGAAAAAAUAUAAAACUGUUAAAGGUCCACCUUUACUUGUCGGGAGAUUUGGUAUCAUGGAAUUAAAUGAAGACUGUGCUGUGGACAUUCUUUUGUGCUGAUCAAGCCGACAUUGCUGAGUGAUAUUCAAGUCAAGCUCUUCUCGCAGUGAAGGCACAAUCGAGGUUCACCAAAAUGUCUGACAAGAUGUCCAGCUUUCUCCACAUUGGGGACAUUUGUUCCCUGUAUGCGGAAGGAUCAACAAAUGGAUUUAUUAGCACUUUAGGUCUUGUAGAUGACCGCUGUGUGGUACAACCAGACACGGGGGACCUCAACAACCCUCCCAAAAAGUUUCGAGACUGCCUGUUCAAGUUGUGUCCCAUGAACAGAUACUCUGCACAGAAACAGUUCUGGAAGGCUGCCAAACCCGGGGGAAGCAGCACUACGGACACGGUGCUCCUGAACAAACUGCAUCAUGCUGCUGAUCUGGAGAAGAAGCAGAAUGAGUCUGAGAACCGCAAGCUGCUGGGAACGGUGAUUCAGUACGGGAACGUCAUCCAGCUUUUGCACGUGAAAAGCAAUAAGUACCUGACGGUGAACAAGCGUCUCCCGGCCCUACUGGAAAAGAACGCCAUGAGGGUGACGCUGGACUCGGCUGGAAAUGAGGGCUCUUGGUUCUACAUCCAGCCCUUCUACAAACUCCGCUCCAUUGGGGACAGUGUGGUGAUUGGGGACAAAGUGGUUCUUAACCCUGUAAAUGCUGGUCAGCCCCUUCAUGCUAGCAGUCACCAGCUGGUGGACAAUGCAGGCUGUAACGAGGUGAACUCUGUGAACUGUAACACUAGUUGGAAAAUAGUUCUGUUCAUGAAAUGGAGCGACAACAAGGAGAUCAUACUAAAAGGGGGCGAUGUAGUACGGCUGUUUCAUGCAGAACAGGAGAAGUUCCUGACCUGCGACGACCACCGGAAAAAGCAGUACGUCUUCCUCAGGACCACGGGACGCCAGUCCGCCACAUCCGCCACCAGCAGCAAGGCAUUGUGGGAAGUGGAGGUGGUACACCAUGACCCCUGCCGGGGAGGGGCUGGCUACUGGAACAGCCUGUUUAGGUUCAAGCACCUGGCCACUGGAUGCUAUCUGGCUGCAGAGGUGAACCCAGAUUAUGAGGAAGACUGCCAGGAAUCCCGCUCUACACUAAAUGAGUGUGUGGCGGACUUUAUCCCCUUUAACUUCCAGCUGGACUCAGACCAUGAAGCCCUGAGAGCCCGUUUACGCACCCCCCAGGAAAAGGUCAUGUACACUCUGAUAUCUGUUCCUGAUGGCAACGACAUCUCUUCCAUCUUCGAGCUGGACCCUACCACUCUGCGCGGGGGGGACUCUCUGGUGCCCAGGAGCUCCUAUGUGAGGCUCAGACACUUGUGCACAAACACAUGGGUCCACAGCACCAACAACCCCAUAGACAAGGAGGAGGAGAAGCCUGUGAUGCUGAGGAUUGGCACGUCUGCAGUCAAGGAAGAUAAAGAGGCCUUUGCCAUUGUGCCCGUCCCCCCAGCAGAAGUAAGAGACUUGGACUUUGCCAAUGACGCCAGCAAAGUAUUGGCAUCCAUCGCAAGCAAGCUGGAGAAGGGCACCAUAACUCAGAAUGAGAGGAGGUUUGUCACCAAGCUGCUGGAGGACCUGGUGUUCUUUGUGGUGGACAUCCCCAACAGCGGGCAGGACGUCCUGGAGAUCAUGGUCAACAAGCCCAACCGUGAGAGGCAGAAGCUGAUGAGGGAGCAGAAUAUCCUGAAACAAAUCUUCAAGCUGCUGCAGGCGCCCUUCACGGACAGCGGCGAUGGCCCCAUGCUGCGAUUGGAGGAGCUGGGCGACCAACGCCACGCCCCAUUCAGGCACAUCUGCCGCCUGUGCUACCGGGUUCUGCGACACUCCCAACAAGACUACAGGAAGAACCAGGAAUACAUCGCCAAGCAGUUCCGCUUCAUGCAGAAGCAGAUCGGGUACGACGUCCUGGCUGAGGACACCAUCACCGCCCUGCUGCACAACAACCGCAAGCUCCUGGAGAAGCACAUCACGGCUGCAGAGAUUGACACCUUCGUCACUCUCGUGAGGAAGAACCGGGAGCCGAGGUUCUUGGACUACCUAUCGGACCUGUGUGUGUCCAUGAACAAGUCCAUCCCUGUAACCCAGGAGCUCAUCUGCACUGCGGUUCUGGACCCGGCCAACGGUGACAUCCUCAUUGAGACCAAGCUUGUGUUGUCGCGGUUUGAGAUUGAGGGGGUAGUGAUUGGAGAGAGUCCUGUGGAGUCUCAAGAAGACGAGGAGGAGGUAUGGCUCUUCUGGAAGGACAACAGCAAGGAGAUCCGCAGCAAGAGCAUUCGAGAGCUGGCCCAGGAUGCCAAGGAAGGCCAGAAAGAGGACCAGGAGGUGGUAAGCUACUACAGGUACCAGCUGAACCUGUUCGCCCGCAUGUGCCUGGACCGACAGUACCUGGCCAUCAACAAGAUCUCAGGCCAGCUGGACGUGGACCUCAUCCUGCGCUGCAUGUCUGACGAGGACCUGCCCUACGACCUGCGGGCCUCCUUCUGCCGCAUGAUGCUGCACAUGCACGUGGACCGUGACCCCCAGGAGCAGGUCACUCCAGUCAAAUACGCCCGGCUGUGGUCCGAGAUCCCAUCCAAGAUUGCCAUCGAUGACUAUGACAACAAUGGAGCUACCAGGGACGAGAUCAAGGAGCGCUUUGCCCAGACAAUGGAGUUUGUGGAGAACUAUUUAAGAGAUGUGGUCAGUCAGAAUGUCCCCUUUUCUGACCAGGAGAAAAAUAAACUCACAUAUGAGGUUGUGAAUUUAGCCCGAAACCUUAUUUAUUUUGGCUUUUAUAACUUCAAUGAUUUGCUGAGGCUGACUAAGAUCCUACUGGCUAUUCUUGACUGUGUUCAUGUCAGCACCAUCUACCCCAUGAACAAAAUGGAGAAGGGAGAUGAGAGCAAAGGAAGUAAUGUCAUGAGGUCCAUCCAUGGCGUGGGUGAGCUGAUGACACAGGUGGUCCUGAGGGGAGGUGGUUUCCUGCCCUCCACCCCCGCCAGCCCGCCAGAUGGAGACGUGGUGAAGGCACAGGUAGAGCCGGAGAAGGAAGACAUUCUGGUGAUGGACACCAAGUUGAAGAUUAUUGAAAUACUGCAGUUCAUUCUUAAUGUGCGGCUGGACUACCGGAUCUCCUGCCUGCUCUGCAUCUUCAAACGGGAAUUCGAUGAGAGCAGUUCCCAGGCGGACCUGAUGUCAGCGGGCAGUCUGGACGGGCCCAAAAACAUGCCUGGAGCACUUGAUUUUGAGAACAUUGAAGAACAAGCAGAAGGGAUAUUUGGUGGAAGUGAGGAGAACACGCCACUGGACCUGGACGACCAUGGAGGGAGGACCUUCCUGCGGGUUCUGCUCCACCUCACCAUGCAUGACUACCCUCCUCUGGUGUCCGGAGCACUGCAUCUGCUCUUCAGACACUUCAGCCAGAGACAGGAGGUGCUGCUGGCCUUCAAACAGGUUCAGCUCCUGGUGACCAGCCAGGAUGUGGACAACUACAAGCAGAUAAAGUCGGACCUGGACCAGCUGCGCUCCAUCGUGGAGAAGUCAGAGCUGUGGGUGUAUAAGCGGCAAGGGCCAGACGAGGCCUUAGACGGGGGGGAUGGGCCUGCUCCUGAAUCCGAUCACAAGAAAAAGGGAGACUCCAGUUCCAGUGGCUCAGAGAAGAAGAAGCCAGAAAGCACCAGCAGUUACAACUACAGAGUGAUGAAGGAGAUCCUGCUGCGGCUCAGUAAGCUGUGUGUGCAGGAGGGGGCCUCGGGGAAGAAGAGCAGGAAGCAGCAGCAGCGGCUCCUGAGGAACAUGGGGGCCCACGCCGUCAUUCUGGAGCUGCUGCAGAUCCCCUAUGAGAAGGGGGAGGAUGUGCGGAUGCAGGAGAUUAUGAAGCUGGCCCAUGAGUUCCUGCAGAACUUCUGUGCAGGGAACCAGCAGAACCAGGCCCUGCUCCACAAGCACCUGGGCCUCUUCCUCAACCCUGGGAUUCUGGAGGCCAUCACCAUGCAGCACAUCUUCAUGAACAACUUCCAGCUGUGCAGCGAGAUCAGCGAGCACGUGGUGCAGCACUUUGUGCACUGUAUCGAGACGCACGGCCGCAACGUGCAGUACCUCAAGUUCCUGCAGACCAUCGUCAAGGCCGAGAACAAGUUCAUCAAGAAGUGCCAGGACAUCGUCAUGGCUGAGCUGGUGAAUUCGGGCGAGGACGUGCUGGUGUUCUACAACGACCGCUCCUCCUUCCAGACGCUGGUGCAGAUGAUGCGGUCGGAGCGCGAGCGUGUGGAUGAGAACAGCCCGCUCAUGUACCACAUCCACCUGGUGGAGCUGCUGGCCGUCUGCACCGAGGGCAAGAACGUCUACACCGAGAUCAAGUGCAACUCCCUGCUGCCCCUCGACGACAUCGUGCGCGUGGUCACUCACGAGGACUGCAUCCCCGAGGUGAAGAUUGCCUACAUAAACUUCCUGAAUCACUGUUAUGUGGACACAGAGGUGGAGAUGAAGGAAAUAUACACCAGCAACCAUGUAUGGAAGCUCUUUGAGAACUUCCUGGUUGACAUCUGCCGGGUGUGUAACAACACAAGUGACAGGAAACAUGCGGACACUGUCCUGGAAUGCUAUGUGACUGAGACUGUCAUGGGCAUCGUCACCACAUUCUUCAGCUCUCCGUUUUCUGAUCAGAGCACCAGUCUACAGACUCGACAGCCUGUGUUUGUUCAGCUCCUACAAGGAGUGUUCAGGGUGUAUCACUGUAGCUGGCUGAUGCCCACACAGAAGGCAUCUGUUGAGGGUUGUAUCAAAGUGCUCUCUGAUGUGGCGAAAAGCCGGGCUAUAGCCAUCCCUGUGGACCUGGACAGUCAGGUGAACAACCUUUUUGUUAAGUCUAACAACAUCGUUCAGAAGACGGCCCUGAGCUGGAGGCUGUCGGCACGGAAUUCGGCCAGGAGGGACUCCACGCUGACCACGUCCCGUGACUACAGGAACAUCAUCGAGAGGCUGCAGGACAUCGUCUCCGCCCUGGAGGACCGUCUCCGGCCCCUGGUCCAGGCUGAGCUCUCCGUGCUGGUGGAUGUGCUGCACCGACCGGAGCUGCUGUUCCCGGAAAACACGGACGCACGGAGGAAGUGCGAGAGUGGAGGCUUCAUCUGCAAGCUCAUCAAGCACACCAAACAGCUCCUGGAGGAGAACGAGGAGCGCCUGUGCAUCAAAGUGCUGCAGACUCUGCGUGAGAUGAUGGCCAAAGACAGAGGCUACAGCGAGAAGCUGAUUACCCUUGAUGAUGAGAUCGAUGUGGCUGAGGAGCUUGAUCCAAACCAGCCACAGAAGCAACUGGAGGAUCAAAAGAGGGGUGAAGCACUGAGGCACAUUCUGGUGAACCGUUACUAUGGAAACUUCAAGCCUGGGGGAAGGAGGGACAGCCUGACAAGCUUCAGCAACGGCCCCCUCACUGCAGGGGUGCAGGGGAAGGCCCCGACAGGUGGAACUGGGGGAUCGGGGGCGGCGAGUCGGGGGGAGAUGAGUAUGGCCGAGGUGCAGUGCCACCUGGACCGGGAAGGAGCUUCUGACCUGGUCAUCGAUCUCAUCAUGAACGCAACCAGCGACCGCAUCUUCCAGGAGAGCAUCCUGUUGGCCAUCGCCCUGUUGGAAGGCGGGAAUCCGGUCAUACAGCGCUCUUUCUUCUGCCGCCUCACCGAAGACAAGAAAUCUGAGAAGUUCUUCAAGGUGUUCUAUGAGCGCAUGAAGCUGGCUCAGCAGGAGAUCAAAGCCACGGUGUCGGUCAACACCAGCGACUUGGGCAGCAAGAAGAAGGACGACGAGACACCUGACAAGGACGAGAAGCCCGUACGCAAGAAAGUGAAGGACGUAGCUGCUGUGGUGACUGAGGAGGUCAGAGAGCAGCUGUUGGAGGCCUCCACGGUCACCAAGAAGGCCUUCAACACGUACCGCCGCGAGGCCGACGCGGAAGACCACCUGUCUUCCCCCGACAGCCAGCCCAGCGUGGCCGAAAAGGGCCAGGAGGAAGGCGAGAUGAGCGUGCUCAUCACCAUCAUGCAGCCCAUCCUGCGUCUCAUGCAGCUGCUGUGCGAGAACCACAACCGUGAACUGCAGAACUUCCUUCGCUGCCAGAACAACAAGAAUAACUACAACCUGGUGUGCGAGACGCUGCAGUUCCUGGACUGCAUCUGCGGCAGCACCACGGGGGGCCUGGGCCUUCUGGGCCUCUACAUCAACGAGAAGAACGUGGCGCUCAUCAACCAGACUGUGGAGAGCCUCACCGAAUACUGCCAGGGCCCCUGCCACGAGAACCAGAACUGCAUCGCCACUCAUGAGUGCAAUGGCAUCGACAUCAUCAUCGCCCUGAUCCUCAAUGACAUCAACCCUUUGGGGAAGAAGAGAAUGGACCUUGUGCUGGAACUCAAGAACAACGCGUCCAAACUGCUGCUGGCUAUCAUGGAGAGUCGCCAUGACAGCGAGAACGCUGAGAGGAUCCUCUACAACAUGAGGCCCAAAGAACUGGUGGAGGUGAUCAAGAAGGCCUACCUGCAGGGGGAGGUGGAGUACGAAGAGCCCGGCGAGGAUGAGGAGGGCCAGGACGAGCAUGCCGCCUCCCCUCGGAACGUAGGCCACAACAUCUACAUCCUCGCUCACCAGCUGGCACGACACAACAAGGAGCUGCAGGCCAUGCUGAAGCCAGGAGGCUCAUACGGAGAGGGAGACGAGGCCCUGGAGUUCUACGCCAAACACACGGCUCAGAUCGAGAUUGUGAGGCUGGAUCGCACCAUGGAGCAGAUAGUCUUCCCGGUGCCCAACAUCUGCGAGUUCCUGACCAGCGAGUCCAAGCUGCGUGUGUACUACACCACAGAGCGUGACGAACAGGGCAGCAAGAUCAACGACUUCUUCCUGCGAGCCGAGGACCUCUUCAACGAGAUGAACUGGCAGAAGAAGCUGCGAGCCCAGCCUGUCCUGUACUGGUGUUCCCGAAACAUGUCUUUCUGGAGCAGCAUCUCCUUCAACUUGGCCGUGCUCAUGAACCUGUUGGUUGCUUUCUUCUAUCCAUUGGACGGCAUCCGUGGAGGCACCCUGGAGCCCCAUCUGUCCGCCCUGCUGUGGUCGGCCAUGUUGGUGUCCCUGGCCAUCGUGAUGGUCCUGCCCCAGCCCCACGGCAUCCGGGCCCUGAUCGCGUCCACCAUCCUCCGGCUCAUCUUCUCCGUGGGCCUGGAGCCCACCCUGUUCCUGCUGGGCGCCUUCAAUGUCGGCAAUAAGAUCAUCUUCCUGAUGAGUUUUGUGGGGAAUCGUGGAACAUUUACCAGAGGCUACAAGGCCAUGAUAAUGGAUGUAGAGUUCCUCUAUCAUCUACUCUACCUAAUAAUCUGCAGCCUGGGCGUCUUUGUCCACGUGUUCUUCUACAGCUUGCUGCUCUUUGACCUGGUCUAUAGAGAGGAGACUCUGCUAAACGUGAUUAAGAGUGUGACGCGUAAUGGCCGAUCUAUUGUCCUAACCGCAGUGCUGGCACUCAUCCUAGUCUAUCUCUUCUCCAUUGUGGGAUACAUCAUUUUCAAGGAUGACUUCAUCCUGGCUGUAGAUAGGAUACCAAACAAAACCCUAGAGGGUGGGGCGAGCAUGGUUGGGGACUUCCUGUCAGCUGGAGUGUGUCGGAAGGAUAGCGGAGAGAACUGCUCAGCGGAGUUUGUGGGAGAAGCCAUGGUCACGCAGCCAUCGGCCAUGGUGAUCGAGGACAAAGAGCGCACCUGUGACUCCCUGCUGAUGUGCAUCGUCACUGUCCUGAGUCACGGGCUGCGGAGUGGAGGAGGGGUGGGGGACGUCUUACGCAAGCCUUCCAAGGAGGAGCCUCUGUUUGCUGCCAGGGUGAUCUAUGACCUCCUGUUCUUCUUCAUGGUCAUCAUCAUUGUCCUCAACCUGAUCUUUGGAGUCAUCAUCGACACCUUCGCCGACCUCAGGAGCGAGAAGCAGAAGAAAGAGGAGGUUCUCAAAACCACUUGCUUCAUCUGUGGGCUGGAGAGGGACAAGUUUGACAACAAGACGGUCACCUUUGAGGAGCACAUCAAGGUGGAGCACAACAUGUGGCACUACCUAUUCUUCAUAGUUCUUGUGAAGGUGAAGGACUCCACGGAGUACACCGGGCCAGAGAGCUAUGUUGCCCAGAUGAUCAGGGAGCAUAAUCUGGACUGGUUUCCUCGCAUGCGGGCCAUGUCUCUGGUCAGUAUGGAUGGUGAGGGCGAGCAGAAUGAAAUCCGCAGCCUGCAGGAGAAGCUAGAGUCCACAAUGAAGCUGGUGUCCAACCUCUCCGGCCAGCUGACUGAACUCAAGGAGCAGAUGACCGAGCAGAGGAAACAGAAGCAGCGCAUCGGACUCCUGGGCCACCCGCCCCACAUGAACGUGAACCCCCAGCAGCCUGCGUGAGGGGCCACACCCUGCACCGCCGCCGGCCAGCUGGGGCCACAGGAAGCUGCUGCUACUGCACAUAGGAGUCCCGGCAUUUCAACUACUGAGCGUGUCAGUGCGUAGUGUACCAGUAGAAGCAGAAGUGUUUUUUAAAAAAAAUACAAAAAUUAGCCAUAUAAAAGUUUAGGCGCCUAGAUAUGAGGCAUCCUUUGUCCACACCCCUUUCCCCCCCACACUGUCCAGCUGGGAUUGGUGCCAAAUGUUUUCUAUAAAAAGGAAAGUAAACUCCAAUCACAUGGCCUUUACUGGGUGAACUUGAAACACAGCAGAGCUGCGCCGUUCAGAGGGAUGCAACAGAGCCCGGAGCCCGAGGAGAGGCCUGCCGAAAGCGUCUUUUUGUAUUCACCACCCGUAGAGCGAGCAGUAUUUAACGUCCUAUUUUUGUAUUACGUGCAAUAUCAAUACUUUAAUAUGCAACCAUUGUCAAUGUGUGUGAUCUGUAAAUUGUGUCUUCAAAGGGAACAUAUUCAUUUUCUGAAAGAGAAAAUGUUUUGGGAGAAAAAAAAAUCUAAUCUGAAAUCUGUUGUUAGAGAUUUCAUGUAAGAAAUUCCAUUUAGGGUAGCAGUUGGACCAAGUUGGCAUUGCAUGUACGAGCCUUUUUAGUUUUAUUUAUUUUAUUUCAUUCAAAGUAUAUAUUUAAUUUAUAUUUAAGUUAUUCACAGGGCGCUUAAUAGGAAUUGUAUAUUUAUCUGGAAGCAACAUAUAGGUUCCUGUGUUCUGAAAAUAACACAUCUCACAAGUGUUUGCACCAUUUAUAUUUCUGUAUUAUAAAUGUAUUUUAUGAUAUCUAUAUUCAUACCCACUGUUGGACAUGAAUGUUUUAGGACAGUUGCUUUAGGGGUAGGUUUAUAAUGUUCAUUUAAAGCUGGGGAGGCUGUGAUAGAUUUUAGUUCAUUCUGAAGUGCAGGCUCUUACAGUGAGGUUUCCAUUAUCAGCGUUUAUGGAUUAUAAUGCUCUUUUUUGUGAAUAACACCUGUCCCUGGCUCCUGUUUUUGGUAUUAAGACUUGUUGUUAGGAGAGCACUGACAGUUCUACCUGUGAAAAAUACAUUGUCUUUUUUACAUCACUCAAAAAAAAAACUACAUUGCUUUCUCAAUUAUGUGGACUAAAAACUUUUUUUUUUCUUUUUGUACAUGUCUGUCUGUUGUUUCCUUUGUAUAGAGACCUCCAUUUACAGAAAGAAAUAGUGUUACUGAAAAAUUGAGUACUAAUAUGAAAGGACAGAAUGCUGUUGAAAUUGUAAAAUUCAUUCAAAGCUAUUUAAUAAAAUGUACAAGUCUCAUUUACCUUGACAA